GAUGUAUGAAAAGGGCAAAAGCAAGGUGCAAAGAGAAGUGAACAGCAGCUCAGAGGAUGUGGACACACAAAUGGGAAACAAAGGUACGCCCAGUCUGAAGCGCAGUGGCUCUAUCAAGGACAGGAUGGCGAAAUAUCAAUUAGCGGUCACCAGAAAGGCUUCUUUUACUGUGCCACGCUCUGCAAACCAGUCAGAAACAGAGGAAAGUGUUCCCUCCAUGGAUCAUAAGGAGAUUUCGCCACCUGCUGGUGAUAGACAGAUAGUGAGCACACUCCCUGAGUCAAACUGCACAAAGAUCAAUGGAGAGCAUGUACACACAUCGAGCCCUAGUGGGGCAGCUCCUGUAGCAGAGAACAAGCAGCCUCCUAAAGUGGCCAGGAAACUUCAUCUGCCUGUCCAUGAAAGAUGUGUGUCCUGCCUAAAGACCGUUUACCCAUUGGAGAAACUUGUUGCUAAUCAGCAGAUUUACCACAAGAGUUGCUUCCGCUGUGGCUUUUGUAGUACCAAACUCAGUUUGGGGACUUAUGCUUCCCUACAUGGAGACAUCUACUGUAAACCUCACUUCAGCCAGCUAUUCAAGUCUAAGGGCAACUAUGAUGAGGGAUUUGGCCAUCGACCACACAAGGAAAUGUGGACACCACGAACAAACGAAGAGGAACCUGAGAGAGAUGAAAACUCAAAGCCCUUUGUGGUAGACUCCGUGUUAGUGAAGCCUACAGAACAGUUGUGCCCUAAAGUGGAGGAGUCACAACUGGUCAAAUUAACUGGCCUCGCUGCAGCUCUAGAGACAAAAAGUCAAACCAGCUCAACGGAAAAACUACAAACCCCUUCUGUGGAAACAAGAAAACUGAGAGUUGCGUGGCCACCUCCUGCAGACAGUGAUGGAAGCUCCAUCCAGUCCAGUCCAGUCACUGAAGUUGGAAAGGGUUCAUCCAAGCUUUUCAGAGCAAAGUGGCCUCCAGAGGAGGAAGCUCCAUCUGCUCAGCGGAGCCAUGAAAGAGCAGAACUGAAAAGUCUUCGACGUAGUUCCUCACUCAAAGAGCGGAGCCGUCCUUUUUCUGUGGCACCAAGCUUAGCAUUAUCCAAUGCUUCAAAACAAGAGUCACAAUUAUCUCACAAGGUUGCUUUGGUCAGACGAGGCUCACUGGAGGAUCUUCAUUCACGGUCAAAAGUGAAAGACAAAACUGAAGUGCAGGAAGAGGCAAGAAUCCCAGAUGAAAAGACAAAGGACAGUGAAAGCCAAUCCAAGGAGAACGUUGAGAGUCCUGCCAAACUUGAUAGUACAGAAAAGAUGCCCUCCUCUAUUCUCAAACCGACGCAACAAACAAAAAAUGAAUCUGGUCUACAACAAACAAAUAAAGAGUCUCUUACUCAACUAACAAAAAAGGAGCCUGAGCUACAACAACAACAUGAGGUUCCGAAAGGCAAUGUGGAAGAUGAGGAAAAACCGGUGAAAUGCUUAAGCACUUCUCCUGAGCUCCAGUCUUCCCAGGACACAUGCUCUCCAACUGUGGAAGAAAAAGCCCAUAUGAAAUCCCAGGAUGUGGGCUUCUGGGAUGGCGAGGAGGCUGAGGAGUCCCUGACUGUAGAGGAGAUGAUCAAGAGGAAUCGCUACUAUGAAGAUGACGACAACGAGGAAGAGGAGGUGGCAAUAGUUUGACAAUAUAUGUCAUCAAUCCCUUCCAUUUAUUUUCUCUGAAAAUGCAACUGGUAUAAAUUCAACAUAAAAAAAAAACCAAGUACUAUGGUACAGGACAUCUUUUUCUUUAAACUUCUUUCUUGGAACAUGCUAUUUUUUUUGUAUUUUGUUCUUUGCCAUCCAUGUUUUCUUUUGGUUGCUGUAAAAAUUACUGGUUUACAAAAAGUUUUAAAUCACUAUUGUUGUUUAUUAAUCGAAGAAUAUUUUGUGUUGAUCCCAAUUAACAAAUUUUCUCUUAUUUUCAGCCUUUGACAGUUUAAUCAACAGUUUUAGUUACUCUCCUAGUCCAUAUUUUAAAACAUUUUCUACUGUUUUAAUGAUUAUUGAUCAUAUUGAGAUUAUUAAGCAAGUACACA